CUUUGGAAUUUCGCGAUAGUGUGUGCACAGAGAGAGGAGGACAGCCGCGGUAAGGGAGAACGUGUCUGGUUCCCUAGAGCUUGCACCUGUUCUCCUUAACCCACUCAUCCUGGUUCACUUUGGCUUUCGUCAAUCUAUUCUCUUUCACCCCCCUUUUUUUUCUUCCAUCGAAAUCGUUGAUUAUUCCUCUCGUAUUUCAAAUGGGUAUCGGUGAAAAUCGUCUUGGAUCCAUGGGAACAAGUUUUUCAUUGAAGGGUUUCCGAUCAUUCCGGCGGAUUUGAUCAUUCUUUGCUUCUGUUGAUGUGUUUGGUUAUCUUCGAAGAACAGGUUCGGUAUGCCGGGAUAUCAAACUUUCUUCUGAGCACUUUCAUGCUAUUGCAUCUGCCUUUUCUACAAAAAGCUUUCUCCUUCUGUCUACCGAGAGACCGAUGGGAUAAAGAGUUCGCUAAGUUGCAGGCUGGUUAAGUCAACUGGGUUUCUUCCAAUACAUACGUUUAUCGGCGUAUAAGUUGAUAGGGUUGCGUUCCUGUGCGUAUUCCUCUGCCAUUUGAGAUGGGUUCCUCUCAAGGGUCCGCUUUGUCGACCAAUGUAGCGGAGUUUGUUGAAAAGCCGUCUGCCCGUGGGGAGGUUUUGUUUGUUGAUUGCUUGCCUACUUAUGUCAAGGAGUUAAUUGCCGGAGGCGCUGCCGGAGCAUUUGCCAAGACCGCAAUUGCGCCCUUGGAGCGGGUCAAGAUACUCAUGCAGACAAGGACGGAAGGGUUUCAUUCUCAAGGAGUCUUUCAGUCCCUAAAGAGGCUGCUGAAGCAUGAAGGCAUUUUAGGAUUGUAUAAAGGAAAUGGUGCUAGUGUUCUUCGUAUUGUUCCGUAUGCAGCAUUACAUUUCAUGACAUAUGAGCAGUACCGAUGUUGGAUCAUAAACAAUUACCCUUCCCUGGGAACAGGCCCUUCCAUUGACCUUUUAGCUGGUUCAGCAGCUGGAGGAACAGCAGUUCUGUGCACUUACCCCUUAGAUUUAGCUCGAACAAAACUUGCUUAUCAGGUGAUGGACACCAAGGCAAGUUUCAGGAAUGGUAUCCAUAGUUAUCAUGCCCAACCGGUAUACAAUGGGAUAAAAGAUGUUUUUAGAAGUGUUUACAUGGAGGGUGGCAUCCUUGCUUUGUAUCGAGGUGUAGGUCCAACACUCAUUGGAAUUCUUCCAUAUGCUGGUCUUAAGUUCUAUGUAUACGAGGAACUUAAGAGGCAUGUUCCUGAAGAACACCAAAAAUCCAUCAUAAUGCGCCUAUCCUGUGGAGCUCUAGCAGGGCUAUUUGGACAGACCUUCACAUACCCACUGGAUGUGGUGAGGAGACAGAUGCAGAUUCAGAGUCUUCAACCAUCAAACCAAGGAGGUGAUCCUAGGUACAGGGGCACAUUUCAAGGGCUUACCACCAUCAUCCGCAAUCAAGGAUGGAGACAAUUGUUUGCUGGCCUAAGCAUCAACUAUUUAAAGAUUGUUCCAUCCGUGGCAAUUGGUUUCACCGCAUACGACGUGAUGAAGUCUUGGUUACGUGUUCCACCCCGGCAAAAGUCUAAAUCAGUGUCAGCUGCAUGAAGGCAUAGCAUUAUAUUAAAAUAUCUUACUACAAAAGGAAAACUAUCUGCCGAAAUCCAAAUAAGGUGUGACACUAUUGCCAUGUGGGGACAAGGGGUUUUGCUUUGGACAGUUAUAGAGUUCAAGAUGGCUUGCUGGAUGUGUUAUCUGAAUUGAAUCAUGCACUCUCUGCUUAUCCAGCGACUGUACAUUUCUUGUGUCCUCUUAUUUUUGCAUGGAUGAAGAACAAAGACUAACUUGCACAUUGUAUAUGGUUUCAAUUUUGAAACGGGUAAUAGCUCAAUUCUUGUUUUGUAAUAUACAUUGCUUUUAAAUGCCAGCGAACAGUUUUUUUUUUUCU